AUGUUGCAGGAUGUCUGCCCACUGUGCGUUGAGGAUCUCGACGAAACGGAUAAGUCUUUCCAGCCUUGUCCGUGCGGGUAUCGUAUGUGCUUGUUCUGCUAUGAAAAGCUCAAGCUACUUUGCAACAGUGUUUGCCCAAACUGCCGAAGAGCUUACGGCAGUGAAGAGGCGAUGGAGUAUGCUAAGAAGCUGGAGGCAGAACGCGCACAGGAAGCCGCUAAGACAAGAUCAAACGCGGCUUCUGUGUCUUCGGCCUCAACGUCGACGUCGGCGGCUUUGUCGUUGGGCAGCAGAGCUCCACCUAAGCCCACUGCCUCGCAUUCCGCUGCGCGACGGGACGCGCUGCCCGUGCCAGCCGCUAAACGAGGUAGUGGGACGCAGGAGGAUAGCGCAGGCCAGGGGUCGUCUUCCGGCCUUCCUAGCGGCGUGACGUGGGCUAGCCCUUCGCCGAGUAGCUUAUCUAGGAACCAGUCUGUGGAGAUGGAGCGACCUGCAUUGAGCAUGGACGAGUUCUCUUGGCCUUCCCUAAGUGCGCCACCUCAGCAGCAACAACAACAACAACAACAACAACCGCAGCGUGGUCAUGGGCCUGCGUCUCAGCACACUAGUCAGCCGCAGCUGCAUGGUCAGCAGCAGAGUCAGGGGGCCAACGGCAGUACUUCAACGCAAGCCGCAGGCCACCAGCACCGACAUAGCCCAUCAGGGGCGAGCGAAGGGGCCAAUAGUUAUGAGCAAUCCGGAGCGGACACCCGCCGUAGCAGUUCCGUGGCUUCUUCCAUGGAUCGUGUGGCAAGCAGUUCCUCGCUGGAGUUGAUGUCCCAGGACCCGCCCGUGACACCCGAGCAGCUCCUGCAGCUGCAGCAUCAGCACCAACAAUACCAAGCGCAGCACGCGCAAGUGGGUGCCGCGUCGCUGUCCUCAUCAUCCUCUGCCUUCCCACCCAUGCCGCCGCCAGGCUUCGAGUCGGCCUCAUACUUUGGUGCCCAGGUCGCGACAACGGUGAAUGGACUGCGGCGCGCUGUUAACGUGCCGCUAUCACUAGGCACCAACAGCGUGGAGCCGUAUCCCGAGGCGCCCGCGCUCCUGGCAUCCAUGCAGCAAGGUGUGGCGCAGGGCACUGUCUCUAGCAAGGAGGCUGCUACACAGCUGUACGCGCUGCUGCGGCAGAAGGAUCAGGAUGGUCAAGCCGCGCGGACGCGCUCCGCGAUGGCAGCGACGAAGCCGCCCCCGGGCUUUGGCGCACCCGCUGCACACCCUCCUGCUCCGGCGGCCGCGGGUGCAGCACCGCAGCCUAUCUUGGCUCAGGCUUCAGGGACGGCUGCUGUACCCACAUCGCGGCCUCCGCCGCCGCCCGGCUUCAACCACCUGCAGGGGACUGUCGUCCAGUCACCGCCGGCCAUGAGCGCGCCCAUCCAGCCCCCGACACAGCAGGUCAACGAUACCGGGUUUGGCACGAGCUCAGGGCCCGUCGGGCGCAACGCCAAUGGCACCCCGCGCACGUAUUCGAUGUGGUCAGGUCUGCCGGGCAUGGACCUGGCGGCGUCGACCGGGCUUACGUCUCUGUGGCAGAACCUGAGCGCGUCGGGGAUGUCCCUCGGGGGCCAGUUGGGCAACGGCGUGACGCAGCCCUACAAUCCACUUGGCCUCGGGGACCAGUCUCUGUCGUACGGCGCAACCCGUCAGUCCAUGACGACGGCGGCGCCGCCUAAGCCGCCGCCACCGGGUUUCGGGCCGUCGGCUUAUGCCGGGACACAGGCGGGCACAACCACUCAGCAACUGAGCUCAGGGGACGCGGUGUUGGGGAGCAGCUUCCGGGCGACGCACCCUUAUCAGCCAGUCGGGGCCGCCCGCUACAACCCAUUAAGCCCACCGUCGGUGAUUCCCGGGGUGUACAGGCCGCCGCAGCUGGGUGCAGGGCUGUGA